GUUUGAGCCAAAAAAAAAAAAAGUAAUCCGGAGUAAAAGAAAAGGCUCAGUAGAUUCUCCAAUGGAAACUUUUGCUAAGCUAGAGCGUGUUCAGAGCCGGAUCCUCCAACGUAUAGCGGACCUCGAAAUCGCCUUUCUACCUGACGAUUUCUCUCACAGCCUCUCCAUAAGAUCUCCUGACGAUUCCGCCGCCCCCGAGUCCACUGAACACCGUCUCUCUACCCUACUCCGUCAGAAUGGCCUUAAGUACUUCGCCUUCAAGCGCGUUCCUCCAGACUACUACGAGUGGCCUCUCGAAGCCCGCCGGGACGUCAUCGGUGCCGCUUCUGUAGACCACCUCUGCAAAAGCAUUGUUCUGGUAAAUACUCAAGCGCCGGCUAAUAUUACUGAUUGUAUGGAUCGUGACAAUUCAAAGUACUAUGUUGUUGUUGUGCAGUAUACUGCUCGGUUUAAUGCAGAGGCGGUGAAGAACUUUUUGUACACACUCAAUAAUAGCAAGAUAGCAAAAAAGAAGUUCAACAUGAGGCUUGCUCCAGAGGAAAUCUCAAGGAGUUUGACAGGUUAUGAACACAAUGGUGUAACCUGCAUUGGCAUGAAAACAAACAUUCCUGUGAUUCUAGAUGAAGCUAUUACAAAGCUCAAACCUGACUUCUUCUGGUUAGGUGGUGGAGAGAUUGAUCUUAAACUAAGGAUGAACUGCCAAGAGUUCAUAGACUAUGUAAAACCUUUCAUCAUCAACUGUAGUGGUAGUUGAUUACUUUGUAAAUGCCUUGAGAUAUUUUUUUGGAUGCGAAUUGCUGUGAUGUUUACAACCAACUAGCUGCAACUUGUUUUAUGAAUUAUAGUUAUGAUUGACAUCCU